CUGCCUUCUCUUCUUUCUUCCUCCUGCGAAAUGGAAACAAAGUCAACCAGAGCACCACCAUUUCAUCCGGCACACAUGGAGCUCCUCCACCCCAUCCACGGCGGCUUCUACCUGUACGGCGACUACGCCGCCGCGACGUCGUCGUCGUCGUCCUCCACCUCCUCCUCCGACUCGCUCCCGUUCGGCAUGGGCGGCGGUGGCUGCUGCGGCGACGAGGUGCCCGCGCCCGCCGCGUCCGAGGCCUCGGUGCCGGCAGCGGCUGCCGGCGGCGCGGGACGGGCGGGGCAGCUGGCGGCGCCGGGCAGCAGCAGCAGCGACAAGGGUGCGGCGUUCGUCGGUGUGCGGAGGCGGCCGUGGGGGAGGUUCGCGGCGGAGAUCCGGGACUCCACGCGGAACGGCGCGCGGGUGUGGCUCGGCACCUUCGACAGCGCCGAGGCCGCCGCCAUGGCGUACGACCAGGCGGCGCUGUCGGCGCGGGGACCCGGGGCGGCGCUCAACUUCCCCGUCGAGCGCGUGCAGGAGUCGCUCCGCGCGCUCGCGCUCGGCGGCUGCAGCGGCGGCGGAGGCGCGGCCGCCUCCCCGGCGGGAUCGCCCGUGCUGGCGCUCAAGUCGCGGCACUCCAAGAGGAAGCGCCGGAAGAAGUCCGAGAUCGCGGCGGCGGCGGCGGCGGCGGCGGCUGCUGCGAACGGCGCGGUGGCAUCGGGCAGGAGCAGGAGCAAGAGCGCCGCCGCGGCGGCCGAGCAGCAGCGGUUCGUCGUCGAGCUGGAGGACCUCGGCGCGGACUACCUGGAGGAGCUCCUCAGGAUCUCCGAGAGCUAAGUGAUCACUUGAUGAUGCUCUCGCAGAACUCCAAACUACUCUAGCUAGCUUCUUCUGGGACAAAUGCAAUGUCCAAGCCUCCUUGGAUGGUGUUUUUGAUGAGGGGAAGUCUCAUUUUCGAAAUUUUUUGUGAUUUAGUUCUGAUUUGAACUAAAUCCCAAAACUUUUCGACGAAAAACCUUCAACCGGAAAUCGGAACCUAGAAAAAAAGAAAGAAACUUGUGAGUUCACUUUGAGAGCCUGGAAUCCAAUGUGCACUCAGAUCGGCGCCUGCUAUUUGCUGCCAUUCAUACGCACAAAUUGUUGUACAGUACUACAGUAGCCACUUACAUACAAGUGACAACUGACAAGUGACCAAUUUGAUGCCCCCUUUCCCAUGGAAUUCAGCUGUGUGGGUUUUCUGUGACUGGGGACUGCACUGGGAUUAUUGGUCCCGUACAUGCCACCCUAGAUGCAUGCAUCUCCCUGCUUUUUGCAUGGAUUGUACAAUAAUCCCUCGACCUGUAGAAUAGAAUAUAUGAAGAACAAGUUGUCCACCUUUUUACUGGCUUGUCAAUAUAUAUGCAGAUAUACAUGGUGCCAUCAUUGGAAUCUUGUGCUCUGUCCUUAUCCCUGAUUGGGAUGCGUACAUGUACUGAAGUGCCAUCUAUUAAUUUCUUCUUUGGAUUAUCUCCCACUGAUUGCUUGGGUUUUCUUUUAAUUGUUAUUAGAUGCAAAGGAUUUUACUUGCCUUUACCCGAGACAUGGUGUAGCAGUUCACGUGUGACCCCACUCUUUUUGCUCAUUCUUUGCAGAUUAGUUGGCAGAAAAGGUAACGAUCGUUUGAUGGCAAGUCUGGAUCUAACGACGACAUGGUGUAAGUAGUGCAAUUAUACCGUACCAGUUGCAAGUUGCCAUCCGAUCUGAAAACACUUAUUUCACUCCAUCAGUUAAAUUUGUGUGGCUCCCAUUUCACAUCAUUUUGCAUUUAUUUGGUUUUGGUAACUUAAGCGCAUGUACCUUGCAAGGUAGGGCCAUGCAAUGAAUUUUGUUUCUUCUUUCAAACUCAUCCAUCGUUGUCUUGUGGAUAUUUUGAGAGCUCUAGUUUUCUUGGCUUCAACCUUUGGUGGAUUUAUAGCAUCUCUAAAACUCACUCUCCAUAUCUCUAUUUAGAGAGUCAUCCUAGUAACAUUCACUUUCUAUCUCUCUUACAUCUCCAACAGAAUCUCUAAUUCUCGGAUCUCUAUAUCAACCCUUUGGAGAGCCGGGGAGCUUCUCCAUUAUUGGAGUGUGAGGCCAUGAUUUUAGAGAGAGCGAAAAUUUUAGAAAUCCAUUUGGAGAAGCUGUUGGAGGGGGAUUUUUCCUCAGAUUUUCUAAAGAUGGAGAUGGAGAGCUAAAUGGAGAUGCUUUUAUGUCUAAACUCAUUCCAGAACUAGUAACGCUAGGAACAGUUCUUUUAUCGUUCAAGAUGCCCCAUAUACAGGCAUGUGUCAGUUUUCGCCAUUCUUGAAGAUUUAGCCAUGCAAAGAUACAUUUACGACAGGUUCUAAGGCUCAUACAAAUAACUUUGAGUUUUUUAGUUAUGAUUGUGGCUAAUGCUCCAUAAACUGUGUAGUUGGAUCUGUUUGUAGUAGAUCAAAUGGUUUUGGAAUAAAAUUUUUAUAAAGAUGAGUAACUGGUUCUCCAGGUAUAAUAAACAUCGGGUGGGUGUCAAUAAUAGAUGCACUUCAGCAUGAAAAUGCUAAGAAGUGGCUGAUUAAUUGUUGCUGGUUCCUGCAAUCCUAUUAGUGCUACUUGAUCCGAUCCAUUGUAAUUUGAGUUAUUACCCAUGUGGUUAUUUAAAGAAAGUACCUUCAACAUGCAUCUCAAUUUAAAUAAUACAAAUUCCAAAGGACCAGAGUAUCACAGUACAUUUCAAAGUUUAAUUAAACAAUAAUUUAUUUAGAGAAAUUUGAUUGAUUCCUAUUUAAGUUAGUGAAGAAUUUGGGCAUAUAAAACAUGAAUACAUAAUCACGUUAUCCUUGUCAGUAGACAAAAGAAACCAUUUCCUAAAAAAAGGGUAGAGAUUAGGCAAAAAAAGGUAUAAAAAAUCAAGUAGACAAUGAAUAAAUCAUAUAAAGUAGAGCUUACUGCAAAAAAAAUAACAUCUAGUAAAAGAUACAACAAUAUCAAACAUAUAUUUAUAGAAACAUAAUGCUUUCUCAAAAGUUAUAGUAGUGUGUGUAGACUAAAAAAUUAAGUACCCUUUCAUGUUCUAGGCUUAAAGCAAUCCUUGAUCUCCAAUAACUAAAACAACCAGCUAGUCUCAUGGACACCUUUUUCACCUCUAAAUCUCAUUAGGGUAUACCCUGUAACCAGUUAACAUUCGGUCUCUCUAGCUCAUUUCAAGUUUGCAAUGCUCCUCGUCUUGAUGCUCACCUUCACAUCCAUACAUAUACAUUUUCGCCCCCAGUGUGCAUCACUGUUAUCUUAGUUUCGGUAACCUAGUAUUUGGUCUAUCAUUAUGUCUCUAAUAAUUGAUGAAGCUCGCCACGUGCAGCACUACACUAAUGCAUCAGGUGAAAAGUCGCUUCUAAUAGAUUUUAUGAACUCUGCAGGACCACCCCCAACAAUUCAAUUCACACAAUAGGUCAUAGGUACAACGUUGUUUCGCUAGUUUGCAGUGCCACAUUACACUAGUCCAGAGCAGAUUUUUCUAUAUAUACUUGAUAUAGCCGUGGCCCCAAUAAUGAUGCAUAGCUUAUCCAAGUAAUCUGUCCUAACUGGCUAACAGUCAGUAACCCGAUUGUUCAUAGGUGUUCUAUAGUUCAAUGCUAAUAUGCCACUCUACUUUGCAUGAUAAAGAUGAAAGUUAUGCAAUGCAGCUUUUAUUUUUCUAAAGUUUUAUCAACAAAAGAUAUGAUGCUUCAAAGGAAAUUCAAAUUAAGGGAAAAUAGUGUAGAGACGAAUGAAGGGGAAAAAAGAAAUUUUAAUUUCAAAUGCUAACAUAAGUAAAGAAGAGAACAAAUAAUAUAGGCCAGCUUUCUAUGAUCAGCCGUAUUAGCUUGUGGAACAUAGGAAAUGUCUUACUCUUGGAUACAUAUGAUUCUGGACCAUCCUAAUGGUAUCUCAUUGUAUUGACUACCGAUGAUAAUCCUCUGCAUGCUGCUAUUCCUACAUAUGUAACGGGUGAUUUCACCAGGUCAUAAUAUGAAAAUGUUUUGGAUUAGUUGGGCCAAUGAGUCGUUGAGAGAUCAUUUGUUUUUCCGAACUUUAGUACAGUACACUUCACAAAAGAAAGAUGUUUGUUCACAAUCCCUGCAAAAAAUAGGAUUUUUUGGAUCUUGCCCCUACUUUAAUUUGAAGUGCAAUGGUAUUUUUACCCUUAUUUUUCUAACUUUGUGAUUUUACCCUCCACUAUUCAGUGAUUUUGCUCUUGGUUUUUGCGUAUUUGCUCCUAUUUUGACCGUUGACUAGGGGCAAAAUCGCAUUGACUUGUGAAUAGUCGAGGACAAAAUUACAAAGUUGAAAAAACGAGAGCAAAAUCACAAUUACACUUCAAAACAGGGGCAAGAACACAAAUACCCCAAAAAAAUAAGAUCAACAUUGAAUAUAUUUAUUUACUUCACUUUUGAAAGAUAAAAAGAAAUUAAUGCCACACCAAGAUCACAUGUAUCGUGUUGGAAACAUUCCUUUUGAAAAUUCUAAGUUCGGAUGUGUGGUUUAUUCAGUUUUGGACAUUUUUUAACUUUAAACACAAUUAUCUCUUGAUUGGCCUAUUCUAAAAUUGAUUAAUGCAUUAUAUUCUCUAUUGAUAAUGAAGCAAAAUAAUAUCAAGAUGAAAUAAAAUAUUUCCCCUUCAAAAAAUACAAAUAUUUUCUUUUUCUAAAAGGAUCCACCUCAUAUUAUUCCAUUCAUUCACAUAAAAAUAGUGAAUAUUCUAGCUAAUUGCUGGAUCAUGCUUCCUGAAUUCUGUGUAUCGUAGUGCAUAUUGAAAGGGGAAAAAAAAUCUAGAUCACAACGAUUAACUUGGCAUUUAACGGAUACUGUAUGCAGUAUGUGGGUGCAUGGUGCAAAGCUGCAACAAAAGAAUUUCUGCCACUGCACAAUACCAAGUUUUUUUUUAGGAAUGCACAAUGCCCAGUUCACAACGAAGAGGUUUUUGCAAUUUUCCCAACACAAAUGAAAAAGGAAUCCAAAAACAAAAAUGUGGCCUAAUGGGCCUAAUGGGCUGAUCAAUUACACGUCGACCUGAGUACCUGUGUGGAAAAGUCUACUUGAGUGUGCACUCGCUUUGACCGUUUGACCUGGGCACUGAGAAAGAAACGACCAAACGCAUUCGACAAGACGACAAACCGCAUCCAAGAUACGAAGCCAAGCAUCCCAAAUCGCAGGUCGCCACAGAUUCCGCCAAGCAGCGACGGUUCCAUUCAAAUCCCCUCCAACCCCCCUCCCCGUGAUCACGCUCACGCCGCGUGCUAACCCUCCUCCUCUUGCUCACCAGUUCACCAUCGUCCUCCAUGACGCCGCAGCAGCCGGCGGCAGCCCGGGCAACGACGCGCUGCUCGACCUCCUGCGGCGCGUGAAGUCGGAGGCGCUGCGCGCGCUGGGCCCUCGCGGCUUCGACCCCAAGCUCUACGUCGACAUGCCGCUCGCCGCGGGCGCGGACCUGAUGCUGGCGGCCGCCCGGCGCCGGCACGGCGCGAGCUGGAGGCGUUCCUAGCCCGGUACCUCGCGCCGGCCGGGUCGGACCUCAUGACCGCCGACCCACCGGACCUGGCGUUGCCGGAGCCGCGCGCGGGUUCCUGCCCCGGGUGGAGAGCGGCGCGGCUCGGGCAUGUUCGCGGGAGGUGCACGCGCUGUGGAGGAACCUGACGCGGCGGGUGGCGCUGGGCGUCGCCGCGCGGCCGGGGGCGGCACACGCUGCUGCCGCUUCACGGCAGGGCGGUCGUGCCGGGCUACGGCUACCGGGAGCUCUACUACUGGGACUCCUACUGGGUCGUCAGGUCCUUGCGCCUCCGCCUCGACCUCUUCCGGCCACCGUGCUAGCUCGCCGCCGCUUUGCUUCUGCUUGCUCGACUCGUCAAGCUGUGGAUAUCACGUCAGGUUCAGUGUUGACGAUGGUGCAGGGGAUUACUGGUGAGCAAGAUGUACGGCACCGCCAAGGAGGUCGUGCUCAACCUCUUGUACCUUGUCAAGAGAUAAGGCUUCGUUUCUCAACGGUGCGAGAUCCUACUAUACUAAUCGAAGCCAGCCACCACUUCUGCUCCAUGGUUUUAGAGAUAUACUCAGCAACCGGUGAUUUGGACUUGCUCUGCUAAAAGAGCAUAAGUUCUGGAUAGUGGAUGCCAGGUUUACUACUUCAGCAAACAUAUGAAACAUGCUAUCCGUCACAUCAUUUGAGGCAUUGUUUGAAUUACCACACCGAUACUUUUAUCCUAAACUAAACUUAUUAUUCAGAUUUUCACAGAGUAGUGGUAAGGGAUAACCAGGAACGGAUACAUAGCUUGACUCGCUAUCAAGCUAAGUGGAAAAAACCCAGUUUGAUUUAUUUUGUAUAAUUUUCACAGA